AUUAUUUUCUUUGCUCCCAGAUUUACAUGGUCAUAAUACACUAGUUAGUUUCAUUUCAUUUAAAAUAAUACAAGUCGAUAAUAAGAAAGAGGUUAUGUCAAAAUCCAAUAGGAAUACAAUGUGGAAGGCAUUUCCACAUUCCAACUUUUUCAUUAAAUUUGCUAAAAAUGAAUUCCUUGAGAUUUAUGUUACUAAUUUAAUAUCAAUUUGGUCAAAAUACUUGAGCCAAGAAGAAUUUUUGGAAUGUGUUAAGAGGUGUAAUAAAAUUCUGGAAGGCAUUGAAGAAGCAGAGCUAUUGGCUGAAGCUGAAAGCAUGUUGGUAUUUGUUGAUACCCUUACAAAAGUGACUGUCAAGGAGAGUGCCAUUAGCUGUGGGUCUUUAGACUUGCACUUAGGGAAAGUAUCAGAGAGUGGCUAUCCAAUCAACUUGCUCCUUAGCCUAACUGAAGGCACCAAAGAAAUGUUCUUUCAGAAUGUAACAUAUCCAUUGUGGCAGUCAACACAGGACCUGUUAGCUAGUCAACAAGAACUCAGACAUUUAUUAGUGGAGAAAAACAAAGAAAUCAAAGAGUACAAGCAAGAAGGCGGGAAAAUUCUUAAGUGCUUCAAAACAGACACUUUCAAUGAAGAGGCUCAUCUCAAUCUACACAAGAAAUAUGUAGAAAAUUUUGCUUUCACAGCAUCAGAAAACAUAGAUAAUCUAUAUAAGAAUACCAAAAAAGAAUGUUGGUCUAUUGUUAAACGGGAAGCACUGAGUUCUAAAAAUAAUGCAGCUGCCAGUGGAAUAGUGAAAUCAGAGGUGGAAACUGAUAUAUCAAUUGGAAUAAAAAUGGAACCUGAAGUAUCUAGUCAAGAAGUAAAACCAAUCAUAAAGCCAGACUCAAGCCUCGAUAAUUCACAAGAGUCGCAACAAAAUAAGCCUAACCAUGUAAUGCAAGACAUGUCUAUAAAAUCAGAACACCGCAAUACAGAGCCACGAUCAAAAAGGAAGAAAUUAUUGAAUCUGUAGCCAAUAUUUGAAUGUAGCUGUUUAUAUGGAGUUGGAAGUGAGCCCUACACACACCUACACGCAAAGAGAUGGUCAGCAAUGAAUUAUUUAUUAAUUAAUUUUACUUAGAUACGUAAGUACAUAUUAUUAUAUUAUAUUUUACCAAUAAACGGGAGGUUGACUGAUU